UCUGCUCUCUGCCUACAGGCGGUGUUCUGUUUUGACCUAGGUAGUGUGCGAUUUGGGACGGAGCCAGCUCUUUGAUGAAAGCUACUUUGAUGUUGACUAUGGAUCAGAAAAAUCUGGGCAGUUUUAGGGUGAACUCAGGCUCCCAAAGAUUUGGGCAGUACCGACAGGAGGUGUCUGUGGAGCACUCCAGCAAUGAGCUGAAACCCCUGGACAUGGAACAUAAGCCCUUAAGAGCAACAGGGAGUAUAAAAGGCACUUUAGGAGUUUCUGAAGACAAGAUCCCCACAGUGUUGCCUCUUCAGCUGGCUAUAGCAGAAGGUCCGGACCGGCUUCCUGCUGACAAGGACACACAGGAAAUUCUGUGUGGGAAGCUACGUUUGCUGGAGAUUGACCUUAGCAAGAUUUCAUCUUUGAUCUCUGAAUUCUCUGCUCAUCUGGUGUCCAUCAACAGUGAACAGCAGACCAUAUUUAUCACUUUUAAAUCAUUUGAAGAAAUAUGGAAGUUCACGACAUACCACAGAAUGGGUUUUCUGCGUCAGUGUUUGGGGAACCUUCUUUUGGAUCAAGAAUUCUGGCUGAAUGCUUUAGACCAGAAGGACUCAGGAAUUGAGAUCUCAAUUAAAGAGGAGGCUCUUAAUCAGAUGUACAAAGGCUUUCUAAUGCAAGAAGGCUCGUUUUUUGGGAAUUGUACAGUGAAUCAAAUGUUUGACAGCUCUACAUCAGGCAGUGAUCUUUAUCUUGAGAAGGGUGAUAUUGCUCUGUUUGAGCCUCCAUUCCUGGGCUCGGGUUGGACUGUGCUAUCCUUGGCAGAUGGAUCAAGAGGGACUAAAGCACAGCCAGCACUAGAACCUGUCAUUCCAUUUCAUGAGUGGUUUCUAAAGUCCUGUCCUGAGUGGGUUUUGGUAGGCAGUGGAAAAACAUGCUGUGAUCUCCCAUUUCAAAUAGCUGUAGGUAUCUGUGAGGCUACAGAGGUGUAUGAUGGUAACGGACCUGAUGAGCUCAGUUUUGAGGCAGGUGAUCGCAUCAUCAUCGAAGGCCUACUGGUGACCUGUUUUGAGUGGUUCAUGGGCAAGUUGGAGAGGACUGGUGAUAUGGGACUUGUCAAAACCAGUCUUGUAAAAGCAACUGAUUCUCUUUGUGAAUCUGCUGAAAUCUUCAUGAAGCAAGACGACAGAAAAAUCUUCAACUUGGAACAAGAGAAGAUUAAAAAGGAAGCUAUCGCUUUCUUAAAGAAAACCUGCCAAAGCAAUGUUGCUACAGUCUACAAACUUGAUUCAGCAAAGCCAAGAUCCAAGAUUCAAAAUGGACCCACCAGCAGUGAAUAUGUUUGCAUGAAAAGAAAUCUCACCAAUAUUCUGAGCGCAAUAAGGGACCAUACUGAACAUGAACAGACAAAAGAUGGUGUGAAGCUCCAAACAGACGAGCCCAUAGGAUCCACAGAGUCACCCCAUGAAAUCCCACACUUUACUGUCUGUUCAGAGCAGGACGGGACCAGUCCAGAUGGAUACCAUUCCCUCCUGUCCUUCCUAGGCAGACGUAAUCACCGGCCUGAGUUUCAGCUUCUCUAUGCCGCCUACCCAGAAUUCCUGCUGUUGCACUUCCAGGGCCACAAUGAUGAGGAGGAGCUGGUAGCCUAUUUAGGUGUUGCUCGGGAAAUGUCAAGAAAAAAGCGUAUGUUGUGGGCACAGAGCAGAAUCUGUUUCCUCUUGGGACAGCUGUGUGCAGGAAGGUUGAAGUUCUCCCAGGCACGCGUCUAUUAUGAGGAAGCCUUGAGCGUGCCCAGAGACUAUUUCACAGACACGCACCUUCUCUCAGCCAUCUAUUCUAACCUGGCCUUCAUCCAUCUCACACAAAAAAAUGCAGAGAAGUAUAUCGCUCUAUCUGAACGUUUUGCUGCUUUAUUGAUGGCAGUCUGUGACUGUUUAUCUGGCACAGAAGACCCUGAGGUGUUGAAGUUUGCACUGAAAAAGGCAGUUCUGUCUCAGAACAAACCUGCAGAAGCCCGGAUCUGUUUCCUGCUAGCUAAGUUUUAUCUGAAGUUUGGAGAAGGUUUGAGUGCAGUGCCUUUCAUCGAACGGCUACAGAUUUUGGCUGACGAGAUGCCUGGAGCUUGUGAUGAGAUGCAGAGUCAUGGAUUUUUACUCUUAGCAAGGCUUUAUAGUGACUACGGUCUUCUUCACCUAGCUGAGAGCUCAGCACAGCAAGCAUGUCUCCAGAUGUCUUCCUCAGUCACUGAUUGUUUCUGCAGCGUCUCUUUGCUGUUAGAGAACAGCCGAGAACUGUAUGGUUUGGACAUCCCAGCACAAGUGGCUCCGUGUUUGACUCGAGCUGCUGCUUUAGAAUCUGCUGAUCUGGAGCCCAGCCUUUCACAUGCCUAUGCCCUGUGUCUGUCUUGGCUCUUCCACAAGCAUGACAUGCCUAAAAGGGCACUUCAGUACCUGUGUAGGUUCCUCAACCAUUCCUCUGCUACCACACUUAACCAGCCUGAUGCCAGCGCGAUUCUUAUCUGGCUUGCAUGGUUGUAUAUCUGUGACUUGCAGCACCACAGUGCUCUGGAUGUGCUGGACACAGUCCUGUCCUCCCUCCCUGAGCACUGCACAACCCAGCUGGAGGGUGUCAUCUAUAAUAUACGUGGCAUCACUUUGAGGCUCGCUGGUGAUGUAAAACAAGCUGCAGAGAACUUCCGCGCUGCAGUCGAUGUCUGUGAGGAGUUCGAAGACGGGCAGAACUGGGCCAUAGCACUGGCCAACUUUGGCUUCUUGAGUCUGCAGGUGAAUGCGAAGAGGGUAGCAGAGGAGCAGCUCACCCAGGCAGUAAAGCUGUUCUCUGAGCUAGAGGAGCAAGAUCAUGAGCUGAACUUUGUUGUUGUGCUUCUAGAGCUUGGGAAGCUUUAUGUCUCGCAGGGUUUUUGUGAGAAAGGGAAGCUCUGCUAUGAGUGGGCCCUGCUGAUUUCAAUACUCUAUGAUAACUCAGAGGGCCAACUGCAGGCCACCCGUCACCUGUGCCAGCUGUAUAGUGAAGUAUGUCCUGAUGAAGUUCAGUGUAUCAUCUACAAUGAACACCAGCUGAACCUGCUGCAGCAGACAGGCGACAGAACCCUGGAGGCAGAGAUAUUGGAGAAGAUCAGCCUGCUGUACCUCAGCCUGGGCACAGAGAAAGCAAAUAGAUGUGCUUUGGACUACACCAAAAGGAGUAUAGGGAUCUACAUCGACAUGGGGAGGAAGAGGGAAGAGGCUCAUGGCUGGCUCCAGGCAGGAAACAUCUACCACGUCCUCAAACAGACUGAGUUGGUGGAUCUGUAUGUGCAGGUGGCGCAAGAUAUUGCUUUAAGUACAGGAGACACUUUAUUCAUUCUGGAGCUGCUGGAGGCGGCAGGGGACGUAUUCUUUAACAGCACGCAGGACAGAGAGAAAGCUGUCUGCUUAUACAGGGACCGAGCCCUCCCGAUUGCAGUGAAGACAAGCAGUGUGCGUUCUCAGCUCAGAUUGAGCAAUAAGCUAGCAGAGCUGCUGCUACAGCUGGGACAGUAUGGGGAAGGUCUGGAGUAUGCACAGACUGCAUUAGAGAUCAGUGUCAGUCUGGCUGACCGUUUGAACGAGCGUGUGGCGUUCCAUCGGCUGGCUACGCUCUACCACUGCCUGAGCCAGUUUGAACUGGCCGAGCACCACUACCUAAAGGCCCUCUCACUCUGUCCCUCGCCCUUGCAGUUUGAUGAGGAAGCCCUGUACUAUGUCAAGGUCUAUCAGACCCUAGGCGACAUUAUCUUCAAUGAUGUAAAGGACCCAUUUGAUGCAGCAGGUUAUUACCACCUUGCCCUGGCAGCUGCCAUGGACCUGGGCAAUAAGAAGUCUCAGCUUGAGCUGUGCACUCGCCUGGCCACUAUCUACCACAACUUCCUCUUGGAUCGUGAGCUCUCGCUGUACUUCUACCAACGUGCCCGGGCCUUCGCCGCUGAUCUUAAUAUCCGCCGCAUCAACCUAUCACCAGAUCAGUUUUUCCACACCACAUCCCAAUACAGAGUCAGAGCCUCGCAGGAGACAAGCUAGACAACCAAACUCUACUGAGAAAACAGAAAUCUAAACUGCACUCAAGCACAACAAUAUAAUGUUUACAGUCUUCUGACCAGAUGUUUUGUGGAGUGGUUCAUUGGCUUUCCUUUGUGUUGACUAGCUUGCUGAUAUUUCAAGUUAAAAAUCCGAACUGAUUCAGUAUUUGCACUGAUUGCUUAUGUUGCCCCAGGAGUCAAUUUUGGCAAGAGUGUCAA